AUGUCUCGCUCCCUUAACAGCAGAACUUUAUUCUUGAUUCUAAUCUCAACUAUGCUCAUGAAGCACGGUAAUUCAAUGCCAACAUACAAUUAUCAUGACUGUAAAGAUCCAUUAUUGGAGAAUGCAACCACCGGUGCCAUUUUCCAAUCUGAUCUAACUUCUCUUUUGAGUCCUUUAUCUUUAGCGGCUUCCUCUAAGAGCUUCCACAAGGCUAAUGUUUCCACAAGGCUGUAUGGCCUCUUCCUCUGCAGGGCUGAUGUGUCGCAGGACACCUGCAAAAACUGUACCAUAACUGCCAGCAUAGAAAUCAAAAGCAAGUGCGCAUCGAAUUCUAGCGCAGUAAUCUGGUACGACGAAUGCAUGCUUAGGUACUCCAAGGAACAGUUUUUUGGGGUGGCACAAACUAAGCCAUUAGUAUUCGCUUGGAACAUUGACGACAACAAUAGCACUUCACCUACUGAAACUCAUCUCAAGAUAGAUACGGGUUGGUGCAGUGUACAAGGGAUAUAA